UAGGGCUACAGUUGAGCGCCUCUCUUCCGUUGAAGUCUCAUUAGGGUUUUUGAGGUUUCAGCAGCGAAGGGAAGAAGGCAGAAAAAUGGGUCACUCCAACGUCUGGAACUCUCAUCCGAAGAACUAUGGCCCCGGAUCUCGAACCUGCCGGGUUUGCGGAAACCCACAUGGGUUGAUCAGAAAGUAUGGGCUCAUGUGCUGCAGGCAGUGCUUCCGCAGCAACGCCAAGGAAAUUGGCUUCAUCAAGUACCGUUAAGAGGGUGGAUGAUAAAGACAAGCAGAAGAUGGCUAUGACGUGAAGACUUUUUCUCUUAUGGUUACUUUUAUGAUUAUUAUUAUCCUUUUUGCUGCCCGAUUUGAACAGUGAUUUGGAGUAUGUUUUUUCCUGUUAUAAGUGAGAAGAAUUUUGAAACAUGAACUUUACCUGAGCUUUAUAUCAGUUACAGCUAAGAACCAUACUUGAGCUUUAUGUAUCUUUGAAAUUUUCCUUUUGCUUUA